ACCAUGGUUCGGACAAUUUUGUGCUCACUAGUUUUAAUUUUAUCAGUGAAUAGUGUGUGGUCUGCUAGAUACGUUCCCAAAUGGAAGAAACAGGCUUGCGAAGUUCCUGCUACCCGGAACUCCCACUACAUUUGCACAGACGAUGGGGAAGUAAAAUGUCUGCCGGGAUGGAUCGGCGACCUUUGCGACGUCCCCAAAUGCCGAGCAGGAUGCGAUCCCAUGCAAGGAUAUUGCAAUCGACCAGGCGAGUGCAUCUGCAAACUGGGAUACUACGGAGAAAAGUGCAAUAAAUGUAUACCAUUACCCGGUUGCCAACACGGGUAUUGUAACGUCAGCUUCGAAUGCGCUUGCCAUGAGGGAUGGGACGGGAUUUUUUGCUCCGAACCAAUAUGUCGAAACGAUUGCCACACCACCAGAGGAUAUUGCGAUGUUCCAGGCGAUUGUAGAUGUCGGUUAGGAUGGGCAGGAAAAACUUGCCAGGAAUGCCAAGUUUUGCCUGGAUGCGUUCACGGCUACUGCGAUAAACCGCUGGAAUGCAAAUGUUUUCCUGGAUACACCGGGAUUCUUUGUCAAAAACCAAUAUGUUCAAGUACAUGUCACAAAGAAAGAGGCUAUUGCAUGAAACCAGGAGAAUGCAGGUGUAAAGUAGGUUGGUGGGGUUCAAACUGCGAGAAGUGCUAUCCCUAUCCUGGAUGUGAAAAUGGUACCUGUAGAAGACCGUGGGAGUGCAAUUGUAAGAAAGGAUGGGGAGGGAUGCUUUGCAAUGAAGAACUGAAUUACUGCGAAAAUAAUCCAGACACGUGCAAGAACGGCUCCAAAUGUUUAUCAUUAACCAAAGACGAUGGAAGUUACAGAUGUUCAUGUAGAGAAGGAACUUCCGGUAGAAACUGCGAGUACUCGGAAAUUAAUACCACUAAACCGGUUGUUACAUUGAAACCGCUGACGACAACAACAACAACUUUAGCAACUCUUACUUCAGCUAUCGAAUCUAUAACGGAUGCUAGCGUAGUUACUGUAUCGUCAGUACAGAAAAAUGACACUGUAGUUAUAGAGAAAGUUGAAGCUUUAUUAACAGAUAAUGAAACAUAACUUUUCUAGUUUAUAUGAUAAUUUUCCAAACAUGGAAAAUUACGUAUUGUAGUUAUUAUUCUGAUAUCGAAAAGCAAAUACGGUAGAAAUAAGUCAAUUAUUUUAGUUUUGAUUUAGAUGUUUUAAAUAAAAAUGUGGGAUACAGACGAAUUGGUAGAUCGUUGCAGAGACGUCCUAAUAUUAUUUCGUUUUGCCUCAACGUACAACGAUUUUAAAUCAGGAAUUUAUUAUUUUAAAACAUAAAGAUUGCUAAUUUUAUUACUACCUAGCAAAAUUUGUACUUAUUCCAAGCACAUUGUUCAGGUUCCUUAAAACAUAGUUCUAACCCUUUUUUAGCGAGUUUUUUAUUCCAAAGUACGCAAUUGCUAGUUAUUACCUCAUUGUGGGAUACCGAUUCAUUAGAUCAGAUCCAGUAGAGGCAACAGUAGCUGUAAUUAAUUACCGUAAAUUCUAUUUAAUCCCAAAAAGUAGUAAUACUAUUUAUGUAUUUAGAUCACCAACCUGACUCACAGUGUUGCCUUGUAUAGGUCAAUUAAAUUGAUAUUUAUAUUAAUACUGUAAUGCUUCUAGGAUCUUAGUUUUCUUAUCACCAGUCAGAACAGACUUCUAAGGUUCAGGCGUGACACCAUUUGGGAAUCCAACCGCCAUACUUAUUCAGUCUAUGUAUGAUGUUUAAAUGUUAGGUAGUCCCAUAAUAGAACAGUCCUUCUUCUACUCAAAGGCAUCCAAACAAUAUAUAACCGAAAACUGUACUGCUUCACAGACCAAGAAAUCAAUCACCAAGCAAACAAAGUUGUCACAAACGUUAAUUCUAUCUUAACUUUUCUGCUAGCUGUCACUGUCACCAUCUGCCACUCGUAAGUGCACAAAACUAUAUAAUUUUGAAUCUGAUGUAUCUACCUAUUUGUCUCGUCAUAGAUAUGUUCGCUUAUGAUAGCAAAAACAAAUUAUUUAUUGUAGUUAUUAAUUUAUACUGUAAAUUCAUCGAAAUUAAUUUAAAGCGUG